GAGAAGAAAGAGUAUCUGCACACACACACAAACAAACAUUCAAAUUGAACACUUUCUCAUUCAUCUUACGCCCUUCCUUUUUUUGUCUUGCGCAGCCGAUAAAAAGUCCAAUAAGAGACUCAAAGAGAGAAAGAAAGAGAGAAAAAGAAAAAGAAAGAAACAAAGAUAGGAAGAACCUGUGCGAGAGACAACAACAACAACAGCAGCAGCAGCAGCAGGAGCACAAUAUCGACAAUAACAGUUCAACAUGAUCCCUACCCGCCCUAUUGAAACAACCCAUGCAGAUUCAACCGAUUCAGUUGCCAAUGUAGAUUCAUGGAUCUAUUCUUUCUUUUCUUCCAGUACAGAUGCCAUCAUUGCAUGCGAUCUCAAUGGAACUAUUUGUGCAUGGAACGACGGUGCACAGUCCAUCUUUGGCAUCUCUGCUAAACAAUCCUUGGGCAAGGAUCUUAAUCGGCUUUCACUUGGUCAGACUUUUCUUUCAACUUCAUCCGAUACAACUAGAGCAUCAAUACCCGCAGACCAUGCAUUAUACCCCUCAACACCUGAUCAGAUUCGAGCCCUACAACACUCGUGCAUCAAACGAGUUGUCACAAGGACACAGAAGGAUGGCCCUCACCUCUUCCUAGAAUCUAUAUCAGCUCUCUUUAAACAAAAGGAAGGCGUUGAUAUCCAUAUCAUCAGCCGCGAUGGUGAUGUCAAUAGUCACUACAGCCACAGCCACAUUAGCGCAGUCGCAACUGUCGAGGCAGAGCCUUCGCGGGUGCUCGUUGGCUACUCCGUCAUCCUCACCGAUCUGUCGGUGCUCUCGACUCAAAUGCCUGCGCUAGCUCUCUCGCCUCUCAACUGCCCGCAGCCACCUCUAUCCUCACCUUCUAUCCCCCCAUCUUCUCAUCCUGAAGUUGUAUCACCCCUACCGUUAUCAUCACUACCAUCAGUGCCAUUGCAACCACCCACACCACGAGCCGUUGAAUUCACUCUGACCUCGAGGCCUGUCGACUCUUCGAUCUCUCCUUUCACCGCUUCAGUAACAGCAGCAACAUCACUAGCAGCAACUGCUGCUUCAAUGGUUUCAUUCUCUUCACCUGUAUUUACAUCUUCAUCUCCUUCUAUACCACCCUAUUCACCUUUCAGUCAUGCUACAACAGAAUACAUGUCCUCAGAGACAGGAGCGAAUGAGAAGGAAAAAACUUUUAUUACGCUAGAUAAUAGCAUGGUAAUAACAGGAGUGGUAGGGACAACCCCAACAAGGCCCACAUUGUCCACUCGCGAGUAUUCGACUGAUUCGGGUUUUGAUGAACGAUCAUCAGCUACGAAACCAACAAAUAUGACAAGCGGUCCUGUACCAGUUGCGACAGCUCUCUCAGCUGACAGUACUAGCAAUAACGAUGUUAUGCUUAUGUCCAUGUCGCAGAUUCAUACUUCAGAUCGCCUCCAUGGAUCUGCUGCGUUGUCUGUUCCAAGUCGUAGCAACAGCAUAUCCUUGCCUAUUGAGCCCUCAGACACGCCUUCAAGCAUGAUGCGUUCAAUGUCCGGAGCAGGGACAGGAGCCGCGUCGAUGCGAUCAAUAUCUUUGGGCCAUCUCUUGCCCUUUCAUCAUUCCUUUCCUCAGAGUACAAUUUUUCAACGACCUCGAGCUCUUUCGAUUUCAGCAACUGCCAUCUCUUCUACUUCUUCUGGAGCUCAAUUGUCCGUUUCCAUGUCCUCAUCACCUGAUAAGAGUCGAUUGAAUAUCCAUCACAACUCACUGGCUCUGUUGUCAAAUAAUAAUAAUAAUAAUAAUAAUAAUAAUAAUAACAAUAACAAUAACAAUAACAAUAACAAUAACAAUAACAAUAACAAUAACAACAAUAGCAGCCAUCUCUAUACUAAUAACGACAGCAUCCAUCCUUUUCACACUCUCAGCAAUAAUUAUCAACAUCAAAGCUCUUUGUCAUCAUCUGGAGAUAUACGACAACACCAGCAGCAGCAACAACGGCAUCAGGAGCGAUAUUGGGAUGACUCCUAUUUUAUGUAUUUGGCACCGAUUGCGACGAGUCUGCUGACCUGUCAUGGGGACCAUUUCUUUGAUGUAGUUUGUGAGGAACUAGCGGUGAAUUUGGGGGUCAAGUACGCAUUUAUCUCUCAGCUGUUCAUACAUCAAUCCACAUGCCUUUCAAGGAUAUCUGGCAGAUUGCACAAUCCAAGACAAAGUGACAUUUUUGGAUGCCAAUCUGGCAGAUAAGUAUCAGGAUGUGGCCGAAUGUUUGAUGGAUCGCACGAUCGAAUCCUAUGUGGGAAUGCGUCUUGAGACAGCUCAAGGUGAGAUUGUUGGAAUCAUUGGGGUUAUCCAUGAUCGUCCAUUGACUGAACACGACGGAAGGGUUGUAAAGAUGAUCCUGGAUCAAGUUGGUAUUCGUGUUGCCAAUGAGCUGGAUCGAUUGAAGGUCGAGGCUAAUCUGAUUUAUGCUCGCGAUGUGGCUGAAUCGACUGCAAAGAACAAGACCAAGUUCUUGGCAGACAUGUCUCAUGAGAUCAGAAACCCAAUGAAUGCU